AUGGAAGUGAACAUUUGAGGGUUGUUUAUCAACAAAAACGUCAAAUUCUUAACCUAAAUAAGAGAAAAUACAUCUUUUGGGGGCAUUUUGUAAGUUCUUCAAGGUGUAAUGAGUAUAAAUGAGAUAUUUCCGAUGAGAAAAAGACGUUCGCUAAGCAAAACUCCAGGCAAAAGUUCUGGCCGUUCGUCAACCACUUCCAUCGAAGUAAGACGAACACAGCAAACCCCAAAACGGAUAACUUCCAAUAGCUCAUUUACCGAGUGUGAAAUAGUAUGGGACAAUCAUUCUCCUUCUCCAUCCAGGACGUUACUGGGCAAAAGAAAGAAGAAUACAACAAGUGAUGGGAGCAGUAGUGAUAACAAUGAUAUAGCAGACAUGGUGAAAAAACUGGCUGAUAAGACUGGACAAACACCUCAAGACUCUAGUCUGUACAGCUUCUGGUUUGAUGGCCAAGAAGAACAACCAGUCAUUAAAGUGACUAGUGGUGACAAGAAGAAGCAAAUGCAAACUCCAUCUAGACCUACAAGAGUUUUAAGAAAAGGUAGAAAAAGCAAAAAUAGAUUAACCAAGGAGCUAGAAGUGCUGGCAAGUAUGAUGCAAAAUACAGAUAAUAAUGUGAAGACUCAUUUGACAAAUGAUGUCAAAGAAAGGGAGAAUGGCAAGGCAACAUCUGUGCUUGUAAGCAACCAAAAGAAUACAAAACAACAAGAUAAAAUGGAAACAAGAUUAGAAAACSAAAAGAAAACUCCAACUGGUUGCRUUAAAAAAUCUAAAACGGCCACUUGUACAACUCCUAAGUAUUCCAGUCCAGUAAGYGACAUUGUUGGUAUUGACUGGGAAGAAGAUGAUGUUGAUGAUAUGUUGAGUCAAGUAGAUAUUUCUGGAUUAUGUGAUCAAGAAGUUGUUACAAGCACCCAACGAUCUGAUGUGGAACAAUCUGAUGUUUUGAUUCUUCAAGAAAAUAAWAAUGUAGGCAACACUGAUGAUAGUUUUGUAACCGAAAGUUGGGAUUUUGAUGAUGAUUCGGAUGAUCUGAUUCAAACAUUAGAGCAAGUAGAAAAAACACAAACUGYUAAAAUAGUUCACCCUGUUGAACCRGCAGUCAGUGAAAAAGAACAGUCAAAUUGCUUAAACACUAAAGAUGRUCAAAGCAAGACAACUCAAGUUAAGUGUGUGUAUUCCAAGGAAGACAUAGAACGCAAGAGACUUGAAGCACAACAAAAACGGAAACAAAGACUUAAACUACAGAAUAGUACAAGGCCAAAUACAAGACAGAGUACAUAUAGAAGAGGUAGAUAGCUAAACUAAGGUAUCUUCUAAUAUUCCUCUUUAAUAGCUCCUUACCAAGGAAAGAUUUUGACAUUUAAAUGAUCUCUUUCAAAAUUUAUUGUUUUUUGAUCUGUCAAACAGAUUUUUCUCAGUAAAGCUGACUGUAUUCAAAAAUAUAUCAAAGUAAAAUCACGACAGUGAGUUGUGUGAAAUAAUGACUUGCGGAAUAAGCAUUUAGGUUCAAGGUAAAACUGAAAUAUUGAUCAUACUUUGCUUGUUGAUUAGACAUAUUUGACUAUUAAGUGUGAAAGGCUUCUAAACUUGCACACUGCUCAAUGAUCGUUUUGAUCUAAAGCAAGGGAAUAGCUACCUUUCAAGGAAACACUUGGUCACUUUGACUAUUAGCUUGUAUUUCAUGAAUUUUAUCCUUUGGUGUAAAUAGGGAUGUACAAUCAUGUAAUAAUGUAUUAAAGUUUAAGUGAUAGGUCCA